AUGUCUGUGCCCUUCACUCGCAACUGCUGCCGGCUUGCCCUGGCGGUGGGCAAGGAGUUGACAGGGGGUAAGAGGCCACCACAUGGCUGGCAACGCUUGGCUGCUUACUCUGGGGGCCCGAAGUCUGGGGACAUGAAGGGGUAUCUGAAUACGCAGUACAGUGAGGCGAAGAAGAGCAUCAAUGAAAUCACAUCUUCCAUCUCAAGCAAUAUGUUGAAUCCAGAUGCCAUUUUUUCCAACAAUGAAAUGAGUCUUAACGACAUUGGAAUUUAUGGCUUUGAUUAUGAUUAUACACUGGCAUUCUACUCGAAAGAUCUUCACACACUCAUUUUCAACACUGCCAGAGAUCUUUUAAUUAAUGAGCACAGGUAUCCUAAUGAAUUAAGAAAAUAUGAAUAUGAUCCAGACUUUGCAAUUCGAGGACUUCAUUAUGAUGUUCACAAGGCAUUAUUAUUGAAGAUUGACGCUUUUCAUUACAUUCAGCUGGGGACAGUAUAUCGAGGGUUCAAUGUUGUAACAGACUCAGAAGUACUUGAAAUGUAUCAUGGCUCUCAUGUUCCUUUGGAACAGAUGAGUGAUUUCUAUGGGAAGAGCUCAGAAGGCAACACACUGAAACAGUUUAUGGAUAUAUUCUCCUUACCAGAGAUGACUCUACUAUCGUGUGUUAAUGAAUAUUUUCAGAAAAAUAACAUUGAUUAUGAACCUGUUCAUCUGUACAAAGAUGUAAAGGAUGCAAUUCGUGACGUUCAUGUUAAAGGGCUUAUGUACAGAGCUGUUGAAGCUGAUAUUGAAAAGUACAUUUGCUAUGGAGAAAAAACCCACGCUGUGUUGACAAAGUUGGCAAAUCACGGCAAGAAAAUGUUUCUGAUUACAAACAGCCCAAGCAGCUUUGUGAACAAAGGAAUGAAUUUCAUUAUAGGAAAAGACUGGAGAGAUCUUUUUGAUGUUGUCAUUGUUCAAGCUGACAAACCGAAUUUCUUCAAUGAUAAACGAAGACCAUUUCGCAAGGUCAAUGAUCGUGGAAUGUUGCUGUGGGAUAAAAUUCACCAACUUGAGAAGGGCCAGACUUACAAACAGGGUAAUUUAUUUGAAUUUCUGAAGCUUACCGGCUGGCGAGGAUCAAAAGUUUUGUACUUUGGAGAUCACAUAUACAGUGAUUUAGCGGAUUUGACUUUAAAGCAUGGAUGGAGAACUGGGGCCAUUAUCCCUGAGCUAAAAACAGAGCUUCAACUAAUGAAUACUUCACAGUACAUUCAAACAAUGGCUUGGCUUCAAGGCUUAACUGGAUUGCUAGAACGAAUGCAGAUUUACAGAGAUGCUGAAUCACAGAUGGUUCUUAGAGACUGGAUCAAGGAAAGACAAGAGAUGAGAGAUUUGGCAAGAGAAAUCUUUAACCCUCGGUUUGGAAGUGUGUUCAGGACCGACCAUAAUCCUACAUAUUUCUUGAGGCGCCUGUCACGUUUUGCUGAUAUUUAUAUGGAAUCCCUAAGCUGUCUUCUGAACUAUGACCUGCAUCACACGUUUUAUCCGAAACGGACUCCAUUACAGCACGAAGUUCCACUAUGGUCAGAACAGCAGCAUCCUGUCACCCAUGGCAUCCCUUUCUUACAAGAAAUGGCUCUAAUUAAGUAAUUCCUGUGUAAAUGAAAAACAAAAGCUUAUAUCUAAAUCGUACCACAGAUGGUACAGUGAAUAUUGCACAUGUUGUGUGUGUUAUACUGUCUUUUCCUUUAGAUGACUCUGUUUAUUGCUUUUAGUUUGCCAAAUCCCAAUCUUGCAGUUGACAGUUGAAUGUAAUAGUCAGUAUUUUGAUCCUCUGACACCCAGAAACAAAAGAUGAGUAUCUAAUACUCUUACAGCAUUAUUGUGGGUUUGAUGCUAUUUUGUACAAUGUCUGAUGUGAGCUUUUACUUGACAAAUGUUGAGCUCAGUAGUGUAUGGUGUGCGUCUCUUCAAGCUGCAGCUACUAUUUUAUGAAUAUUUAAAAUUGAUAUUUGUCUUUUAAUAGAAUUUAUUAUUUGUUGCUUUUUUUUAAUUUAAUGUUUUAAAAAAAAGGUACUUUUUGAUAUGGAAACCAAGAGCUUUAGUUUUGCAGUUGUGGAUGUGGUUUAACAGUAGUUUUAAUGUGUAAAUUAUAAUACAAAUCCUUAAUUUGUCCACUCCA